CGAUACCGUAAAGAAUGAUUUCUAGUUGGAGCGAAUUCACGUCAAUCAUGGUCUUGCCACAAAACGCGGUCUAAUAAUACUAUUCUGGUACCGAAUUCUGUGAUAAUUUGUGUGAAAGACUGGCAAGAGUGACUUCAGAAUGGCUGUACCAGAGCGUUGGUUGAACUGUCCUCGCAAAGGAACCUUGAUUGCAGGAAAGUUUCUUCCUUUCAAGACUCCACUUGGUCCAACAUACAAUGACAACAUCCCAGAAGAGAACCGCUUUGAUGUGUCUAUGCUGUUUGCCUACAUGACAUCUAGGCAGGUCAAACUUGGACUAGUCAUUGAUCUCACCAAUACACAUCGAUUCUAUGACAAGGAAGAAAUUGAACGAAAUGAUGCAAGACACUUCAAGCUGCAGUGCAAGGGGCGUGGUGAAUGCCCAUCCCGAGAACAGACAUCUCUUUUCAUCCAGAUCUGUGGCACAUUCGUAGGCAAGAAUCCUGAUCAGAUCAUAGGUGUUCAUUGUACUCAUGGAUUUAACAGGACUGGUUUCCUUAUCUGUGCCUACCUGGUAGAAAACUUGGACUGGAGUGUGGAUGCAGCAGUAAGUUUGUUUGCUCAGGGCAGGCCUCCAGGAAUUUACAAAGGAGACUAUAUCCAAGAACUUUUUCAUCGCUAUGGUGAUGUGUCAGAAGCGCCACCCCCUCCUGACCUACCUGACUGGUGUGUUGGAGCUGAUGACAGGGAUGAUGAUGAAACAGGAGGUUCUUCAAAGAAACAGGGAGGAGGAGGCAAAAGUAAAAGCCAACAUGAUAAACAGUUUAUGGAAGGUGUCGAGGGAGUUCGAGUUGUCACAGAUUUCCAGAAAGCCAACCAUCUGAGAAGAAAAGUGGAAAAAAUGGUUGGAUGGAGAAGACAGGAGUUCCCAGGUAGUCAACCCGUUUCUAUGGAUAGAAACAAUGUCAAUUUCCUCAAGAAGAAUUACUAUUGGGUCAGCUGGAAAGCAGAUGGAAUCAGGUACAUGAUGUUAAUAGAUGGUCCAGGAGAAGUGUAUCUGUUUGAUAGAGACCAUGUUGUCUUUUCUGCUCCUCAACUUUCAUUCCCGAAUCGCAAGGGGCCACAUCGGGAUACUCUUGUCGAUGGAGAGAUGAUUAUUGAUACAGUGGAUGGUAAAUCACAUGCAAGGUAUCUAAUCUAUGACAUCAUCAAGUAUUGGAGCAAACCAGUCGGUGAAUGUGACUUUGGUUGGAGAAGAAGAUGUAUUCAUGAUGAGAUAAUCGCACCUAGGGAGCUUGAGCUACAGCGUGGUGGCAUCGAUAGAAUGAAAGAACCAUUUGGUAUCAGAGAGAAACCAUUCUGGGAUAUCACUUCUUCAAAGAAGAUACUUGAUGGAAGUUUCAGCCAGGAACUGAUGCAUGAAACAGAUGGACUUAUUUUUCAGCCACACAAAGAUCCAUACAUACCUGGAAGAUGUGACCUAAUACUAAAGUGGAAACCUCCAAGUAUGAAUUCAGUUGACUUCAGGUUGAAGGUCACCACAGUCAGACGAGAAGGAUGUAUUCCGGAGACACUUGGGCUACUCUUUGUCGGAGGUCAACAGCAACCCUUUGGGCAAAUGAAGAUCAACAAGGAGCUGAAGCAGUAUGACAAUAAGAUCAUUGAGUGUGCCUAUGAUAAUAAGAAAGGAUGGGUUUUUAUGAGAGAAAGAACAGAUAAGAGCUUCCCGAAUGGCUACAAGACAGCAGUUGCUGUGUGUCAGAGCAUUCAAAAUCCAGUUACCAAGGAAUUCCUGAUGAACUUUAUAGAGAAGGAAGCCAUCAAACCUUCCAGUAACAAACGUCCUGCAGACAACAGUGCCAGCAGUAGCAGUCCUGGGCCCCCUGCCAAGCAGCAAAGGACAGACAGCCAACCACCUUCCUCCCGAGCCAGUGGACCAGGCAGGCCAUCUAGUUCUCUCAUGCCUCCUCCUGCUUCAGUUCCAUUGCAUCACUGAAAAUAGAAGAGAUCUUCUUUGUUUUUUAUUAAAUGGACUCAUUUUGAUAAUGAGAAGUCAGUAUUUUAUUCCCCUGCUUCACUAUACAUGAUUAUUGGAGGCAUUGUUUCUGGAUCACCUGCUAUCAUGCAAUCUGUUUGUUUUCAUGCAAUAUUUAGUCAAUCGUUUCACAGAUGAAAUUCAAACUUUGCUCAUGUAUGCAUAUACAUGUAGUAGGAAUGAUGAUCUGAUCCAUUUUGGGUCACAAGUUUAAACUUGAUGUAGGAGCCUUAUUGAAAAUGGCUUGUUUUGUUGGAUGGAUCAACAUCAAACUCCGAUCAUGUAUGCAAAGGGGAUUAACUUUGAUUUCACGAGAUUGUGAGGUCACAAGUUUUAAAGGAAUCCCAGA